AUGACCAAGCCAGCAGUGAAAGCCUCGAAAGACCUAACGCUAAAAGCUGUCUGGUCAAGGUCAAUCAAAUCGGCCCAAACUCUCGAGACAGACACUUCCGAGGUCGAUUUAUACUCCGAGGAUUCUGGUUCGGGAAAGUCACUGGAUGAUCUGCUUGGUCGCUCCGAUAUUGGAGCCGUUAUCAUUGCUCUACCAAUUAAGAAUCAACCAGAAUACAUUCGCAAGGUGUUGACGGCGGGCAAGCACGUCCUGUCAGAGAAGCCUGUUGCGGAAAACGUCAAAGAAGCAGUUGAAUUGAUCAAAUGGUACAGAUCAGAGAUCGUUGGCAAGGGCGUGACCUGGGCAGUUGCUGAAAAUCAAAGAUAUUUGAAAUCUUUCCUUCAUGCUGCCGAAGCGCUUCAGACCAUGGGACGCCAGUUAACCUUCAGGACUCAAAUGCAUGCUUUGGUUUCAGGAGGAAAGUACUUUGAGACUUCAUGGCGGAAAGUCCCUACUCACCAGGGAGGCUUUCUUCUCGAUGGCGGCGUCCAUUUUACGGCGGGUUUGAGAUUGCUACUUGGAAAAGACAAUCCACUCGUAACAAUAUCUGCUCACUCUGCACAGCUUCAAGAACAUCUUCCUCCAGUUGAUACCGUCCAGGCUACGGGAAAAACCAAACAAGGCACUAUUGGAACGAUAUCCAUAUCGUUUGGUACAACUGCAAAAGGCCGCGAAUGGACAGUUGGCUCCGACAAGGGAUCUGUCAGUGUAUCGUACACCGAUGUGACAAUCGAUGGCAAGAUGGAAGCAGUUGCGAAUGAAGGGAGUGGAGUUAUUCCCGAGGUCAGAGCAUGGGGUGAAGCUUUGGCGGCUGGCACAGUUAACGAGAAGCAGUCUCCGGAAGAAGCUCUCGCUGAUCUUGAAUUGAUUGAAGCAAUGUUGGUGAGUGGUGCACAAGACGGAACGCCAUACAAAUUAGAACAUCAGGAGGUUAGCACUUGA